GUCGCGUGCCCGUACCUGCGCGUUAAGAGCUGGCAGUGGAGGCGCCGAGGCAAAGAUGCGGUUUCCCGAAAUCAAGUGGCGGGCGGUAGGUGCCCAGCUGCUCAUGCUGCUGGCGCUCGGAACGGUAGGAUCGGCCAUACGGAAUAAGGGAUGCUAUACCCCGGACUGGCCGAGUCUGGACUCCCGGCCGCUGCCGGAGUGGUUCGACAAGGCCAAGUUCGGUGUAUUCGUGCACUGGGGCGUGUACUCGGUGCCGUCCUGGGGCAGCGAGUGGUUCUGGUGGCACUGGAAGGGUCAGGGGGCGCCACAGUACCAGAGCUUCAUGCAGAACAACUACCCGCCCGACUUCACCUACGCAGACUUCGCGCCGCAGUUCACGGCGCACUUCUUCAACCCGGACGAGUGGGCCGACCUCUUCCUGGCCGCCGGGGCCAAGUAUGUAGUCCUUACAGCAAAGCAUCACGAAGGCUUCACAAACUGGCCAAGUCCUAGGUCUUGGAACUGGAACUCUAAGGAUGUGGGGCCCCAUCGUGAUUUGGUUGGUGACUUGGGAACAGCCAUUCGGAAGAGGAACAUACGCUAUGGACUCUAUUACUCUCUCUUAGAAUGGUUCCAUCCACUCUACCUACACGAUAAGAAAAAUGGCUUCAAAACACAGUAUUUUGUCACUGCAAAAUCAAUCCCAGAGCUAUACGACCUUGUUAACAGGUACAAACCUGACUUGAUUUGGUCUGAUGGAGACUGGGAAAGUCCCGAUACUUACUGGAACUCUACAGGUUUCCUUUCUUGGCUCUACAAUGUUAGCCCAGUCAAGAGUGAGGUGGUAGUAAAUGACCGAUGGGGCGUGAACUGUUCCUGUCACCAUGGAGGAUACUACAACUGUGAAGAUAAAUUCAAGCCUUCGAGCUUGCCAGGUCACAAGUGGGAGAUGUGCAGCAGCAUAGACAAGCUCUCCUGGGGCUACCGUCGCGACAUAGUGAUGUCUGACAUUGCAGAUGAAGCUGAAAUCAUUUCGGAACUGGUUCAGACAGUAAGUAUGGGAGGAAACUAUCUUCUCAACAUUGGGCCAACUAAAGAUGGACUGAUUGUUCCCGUCUUCCAAGAAAGGCUACUUGCUGUAGGGAAGUGGCUGAGGAUCAACGGGGAGGCUAUCUAUGCCUCUAAACCGUGGAGGAUGCAGUCGGAAAAGAACACAUCUUUAUGCUAUACCUCAAAAGGAUCGACAGUGUAUGCCAUUUUCCUGCACUGGCCAGACAAUGGAGUCUUAAGCCUUAAAUCCCCCCAAGCUACCUCCACUACACAGAUAAUGAUGUUGGGGAUCCAGAAAGAUCUGAAAUGGUCCACAAGUCCAUCAGAAGGCCUCCUCAUUUAUCUGCCCCAGUUAUCACCUUCUGCUUUCCCAGUUGAGUUUGGUUGGACCAUAAAGAUGACAGGAGUGAAGUGAUCACUAGAGUUCAAGAGGAAAGAGACACUGCUCACUGUUCACUGCUUUGAUUUUCCUCUUACAGUACCAUUGUAAUAAACUACUCUUUGUUUUCUACCCAGAGAUGGCUUUUCCAACACAUUUUAAUCAAAGGAACUGAGUGUACUGCUCUCAAUAGAUCAAAGAUCUAAGAUUCAUUGCUAGGAUAUCUCUCUCCGAUCCACAAAGGUACUAAACAGUUAAGCUCUGACAAUUCAUCCAUUCCUAACCAUGGAAAUUACCUACAGUGAACCUUCCCUCCAUUCUCUGUGUUUGAUCACCUGCUUGCUCAGUGCCUUCAAAUAAAGAAUAACCCAGGUCAUGUUGUUGCCUAUGGGAGGAGGCAUAAGCUCCUCUACCACAUGCCAUUUAUUUAGCAUCACCAGCACCUCCCAAAGAGCAGGAGAGCCUGGAGGGAAGGGAAAAGGCUUGCUAGGUUGCUAAGAGUUAGCUUUUCAGAAGUUUCCAAAGCCAACUCAGGGCUCAGUUUGUGUGUAAUGACACCAUGAAGAAAAUGGAUAUGGUUCUGCUCUGGUUUUUAAAAUACGGUCAAAUAAAUAAAUUUGUAUGUCAAAUCA